AGUAUUAUCCACCAGACUGGUUAGAGAAAUAUAUAUUCCAAUUCCUAUAUAUCUCAUCUCUCCAAAAAUUAAUAUAUAUAUUCCGAUUCCUAGAAACCAAAAAAGUCUUGAGUGUUUGUGAGAGAAAAGUUAAUGGCUACGGUAGUGAACGAGAGUAGGGAUUUAGAAUUGAAGAAAGGAUGGAUGGAAAACUCUUUGUCCUCUAUAUCAACUCCACCUCUUCAGCUUUUGGCCUUAGUUGGUAUAGUUGUGUUCUUAUUGUGGAUUUCAUCAUAUAUGAACAUGCAAUCAACUAGCACAAACCUCAACUUGUUCCUCUUGUUUUUGACACUUCUCAUUACACUCAUCUCUCUAUUUGGACGAUACAUGGCUCCAGCAUCAAAUUCAAAUGUUAUAGAAGGUGGAGAUGAUGGGGUUCAAUCCACUUGGGGAUCAGUUGCUUUGCUUGUGUUUCUUUUGGUUUUCAUAUCAAACAGACUUCAUCCCAUGUUUGUUGUUACAAUCGUUUUUCUUUAUAUGUAUGUAUUAUCUGUUUAAGUGCGUGUUUGAAAAAAAUCAAGGUGAGUUUAACGAAAUCACAGUAAAAUUAUGAUUUUGUUGAAGUUCUAAAGUAUAGUUUUUGUUAGAAUCAUUGUUGUUUACUAUGAUUUCGUCAAAUUCAUUGAUAACAUGUGACGCAAGUUUAUCAGUAUUCUCCUAUUUUAAAACCUUGUUUGUAUAUGUUGGUUAUUAUUAUGCAAGUAGUAGCUAUCUUUUUCCUCAAAUAAGAGUACAUUAUAAUGAAGUGGUUUAAUAAUAUUCUGUUCAUUAAUACCA